AUGCUGCUAUUCGGGACAAUCACGCCCGCAUAUGCUGGUCCGCCCACAUACACUGAUUACACCCGGCCAGCCACAGACAUCUUGGAUGCUUUACAGUGUCCCUUCGGCCCGCAUAAUACCGCCAUUGCUCCGCCAGUUUCGUCAAGUUCAGCAGCCUCUUCUACGGCUAAAGCAUCUGCGGGGAGUAGAACGAGAGUGGCUUUCGAGAAUGUGCUACUGCUAUUUCUGGGGACAUCACUGUCUGUGUUUGUUUGGUGA